CCAGAGUUGAAUGUCAACUGGCUUCCUGGAGUCUGUGAUCACAAGGUUUGAACGUGUAUGUGUCAGUGGAACCUAUGGCUCUUCACAUUCAGGAGAAUGUCCCAUGCAUCCAUUUGCUCUGUGCUAAUGUUGCCCAGGACCCUGAUGACCGAGAAUAUACAUGUGCUAGAAGUCUGCUGGGAUCCAUGGCACGGGUGGCUGUGACUGCAAUAGCAAUAUGCUUUAGCCAACCCAACUGGCUCAUUUAAUUUCUCUCUCACUCAUUUAAUCAUAAAAAUUAGUAUGUAUUAAAUGUUCAAAAACACUUUGCUUCAUUUUAGCUAUAGAAUAAAUAAACCAACAGAAGUAAGACUGAUGUGUUGUGAAUAAUGAGUAUAGUGUCUCAUGAGUAAUUCCUUUCCUGAUGGGAAUUUCUAGCUAUUGUGCCUUUAUGGUUCACGGUCAGCUUCUUUCCCUUGCUACUUCUACUUCCUCUCGUCUUCCCUUUCUGAACUGGUAGUUUUGGUAUCCAAACCAUUCUUACUACACUUUGGGAAAAAAAAAAAAAAAAGGAACUUACGUUGGCCCUUCUCUUACCACAGGGGCAGGGAGACAUUCAACCCACACAACACUUUACGUGAAACGGGAAGCUAAUAAGAAGAAACUUUAUUUUGAAAGCCUCUUUUGAUCCACCAAGAAGAGGGCAACUGGAUUGCUCAGCCAGCCACAAACUGGAAACAAAUCAAAUGCCAAUCAAUCAAAUUGAUAAAUAAACUGAUCUGUUUAUACAAUGGAAUACUGCUCAUCAAAAAAGGACUUAACUACCAAUAAAUGCAAACAAGGCAAAUCUCAAAAACAUGAUGUUUUACAGAAUGAGGAGCAGUUGUACAAAAAGAAGGGAACACUAUUAGAAUCAUCUUUGACCUGUGCAUUUGGAAAUAUCAUCUAUUGAGAUAUAGAAAAGUGAAAAUCUUUUUUUCAGAACAAUGAAUUUCAUAAAGGAGAAUAGUCAAGUGCUCAUUCAAAGGAUGGGAAUGACUGUUAUAAAGCAAAUUGUGGAUGAGCUAUUUGUGUGGAAUGUUCUGAAUCACGAAGAAGUAAGUGUCAUUUGCUGUGAGAAGGUUGAGCAGGAUGCUGCAAGAGGGAUCAUUCACAUGAUUCUGAAGAAGGGUUCGGAAUCCUGUAACCUCUUUCUCAAAUCCCUUGAAAAGUGGAACUAUCCCCUGUUUCAGGACUUGAAUGGACAAAGUCUUUCUAAGCAGAUGUCAGAAGAAGUCUUAGAUGAUUUGGCACAGAGUCUAAAGUAUUUAUACAAUACUCCAUCUUUUCUGAACUUCUAUCCUCUGGGUGAAGACUUUGACAUUAUUUUUAAUUUGAAAAGCACCUUCACAGAACCUGUUCUAUGGAGGAAGGACCAUCACCAUCACCGAUUGGAGCAGCUGACCCUGGAUGGGCUGCUAGACACUCUUCAGAGUCCCUGCAUCAUUGAGGGGGAAUCAGGCAAAGGGAAGUCCACUCUGCUGCAGCAAAUCGCCAUGCUCUGGGCUUCCGGAACGUGUGGGGCUCUCACCAAGUUCAAAUUAGUCUUCUUUGUCCGUCUGAGCAGGGCCCAGGGUGGGCUCCUUGAAACUCUGUGUGAUCAACUCCUGGAUAUACCUGACACCAUCAGGAAGCAGAUUUUCAUGGCCAUGCUGCUGAAGCUACGGCAAAGAGUUCUGUUUCUCCUUGAUGGCUACAAUGAAUUCAAGGCCCAGAACUGCCCAGAGAUCGAAGCCCUCAUAAAGGAGAACCACCGCUUCAAGAAUACGGUCAUUGUCACCACCACCACUGAGUGCCUGAGACACAUCAGGCAGUUUGGUGCCCUGAUUGCCGAGGUAGGGGACAUGACAGAGGACAGUGCCCAGACUCUCAUCCGAGAAGUGCUGAUGAAGGAGCAUGCUGAAGGCUUGUUGCUCCAAAUUAGGAAAUCCAGAUGCUUGAGGAACCUGAUGAAGACCCCUCUCUUCGUGGUCGUCACUUGUGUAAUCCAGAUGGGGGAAAGUGAGUUCCACUCCUACACACAAACAACACUGUUCCGCACCUUCUAUGACCUGCUGAUACAGAAGAACAAGUACAAACUUAAGGGGCUGGCUGCAGGUGACUUCGCUCAGAGCCUGAACCACUGUGGAGACCUAGCUCUGGAGGGCGUGUUCUCCCACAGGUUUGAUUUCCAACCGGAGGACAUGUCCAGUGUGAACGAGGAUGUCCUACUGACAACUGGACUCCUCUGUAAAUACACAGCUCAACAGUUCAAGCCAAAGUAUAAAUUCUUUCAUAACUCCUUCCAGGAGUACAUAGCAGGACGCAGACUCAGCAGUUUGCUGAAGUCUCAAGAGCCAGAGGAAGUGACCAAGGGGAAAGGUUAUUUGCAGAAAAUGGUUUUCAUUUCAGACAUUACAUCCAAGUAUAGCAACCUGCUUCUGUACACAUGUGGAUCAUCUCCUGAAGCCACCAGGACUGUUCUGGAACACCUUGCAGCAGUGUAUCAACAUGGCAGCCUCCUUGGGCUCUCCGUCACCCAGAAGCCUCUCUGGAGGCAGGAGUCUAUACAAAAUGUGAAAAACACCACCGUGCAAGAAACUCUGAAAGCCAUAAACAUCAGUUCCUUUACAGAGUGUGGCAUUAAUCUAUUCCAUGAGAGUAUAUCCAAAUCAGACCUGAGUAAAGAAUUUGAAGCUUUCUUUUGUGGCAAAAGCUUAUAUAUCAACUCAGAGAACAUCCCCGAUUACUUAUUUGACUUCUUUGAACACUUGCCUAAUUGUGCAAGUGCUCUGGACUUCAUUAAACUGGACUUCUACGGAGAAGCUAUGGCUUUGAGGGACACAACCACAGAAGACACAAGCAGGACUCAGGAAGGGUCCUCAGAAACCUACAUUCCCAGCAGGGCUGUGUCUUUGUUCUUCAACUGGAAGCAGGAAUUCAAGACUCUGGAGGUCACACUCCGGGACUUCAGCAAGUUGAAUAAACAAGAUAUCAAAUAUCUGGGAAAGAUAUUCAGUUCUGCUACAAACCUCAGAUUGUGCAUUAAGAGAUGUGCUGGUGUGGCCGGAAGCUUUAGUUUGGUCCUCCGCACCUGUAAGAACAUUUAUUCUCUCAUCCUGGAAGCCAGUCCGCUCACCAUAGAAGAUGAGCAGCAUAUCACAUCCGUGACAAACCUAAAAACCUUGAGUAUUCAGGACCUACAGACUCCACGGCUGCCAGGUGGUCUGACUGACAGCUUGGGUAAUUUGAAGAAUCUUAUGAAGCUCAUACUGUACAACAUUAAGAUGAAUGAGGAAGAUGCUAUAAAAUUAGCUGAAGGUCUGACAAACCUGAAGAAGUUGUGUUUACUUCAUAUGACCCACUUGUCUGACAUUGGGAAGGGAAUGGAUUACAUAGUAAAGUCUCUGUCAGCUGAACCCUGUGACCUUGAAGAAAUCCAAUUAGUUUCCUGCUGCCUGUCUGCCAAUGCUAUGAAAACCCUAGCUCAGAAUCUUCACAAUUUGGCCAAACUGAGCAUUCUUGAUUUAUCUGAAAAUCACCUGGAAAAGGAUGGAAAUGAAGCUCUACAUGAACUGAUUGACAGGCUGUACAUCCUGGAACAGCUGACUGUGCUCAUGUUGCCCUGGUGGAGUGAUGUACGAGUUAGUCUGACCAGGCUGUUGGAGCAACUGGAGGGGGACCUGCGGCUCAUCAAGCUUGGGCUGAAAAACUGGAGACUCACAGAUGCAGAGAUUAGAAUUCUAGGUGCAUUCUUUGAAAAGAAACCUCUGAAAAACUUCCAGCAGCUGGAUUUGGCAGGAAAUUGUGUGAGCAGUGAUGGAUGGCUUGCCUUCAUGAACGUAUUUCAGAAUCUUAAGCAAUUAGUUUUUUUUGACUUCAGUACUACAAGAUUUUUACCUGAUGCAGCAUUAGUCAGAAAACUUGGCCAUGUGUUAUCUAAGUUAACUUUUUUGCAAGAAGGUAGGCUUGUUGGGUGGCAGUUUGAUGAUGAUGAUAUUAGUGUUAUUAAAGGUGCUUUUAAACUAGUAACUUAAAUAAAAGUCACCUUAAGCCCA